AUCCUCUUUCAUGUUCCAGGACCACGCCAUAUCUCUGGCGAUGUUGCAGCCGCGAACUCACUCGCUGUCCGCAUUGCGCAACUUCUUGAUAUCAACCCCACCAAACAACCCCUCCCUAUAUCACAGUAUGCCGGUAUCUGAUCGUAACCCCAAAAUUAUCUCUCCUAAAGCACGAUCAUGGUCUACUAUGCGUACAUUGACAACAUCAGCAACAGUUACUCCUCGCGAUAUGUAGCUGUCUUCGCCAGCCGUGCAGUUGCUGACGAGUGGUGGCGUGCCGUGUCCACUUCCACCAAUACGAGGUACUCGGACAGUGUCAGGCGUGUUGCCCCCCAGUUCUUUACCCACGACGCCAGCAAAGCCAACGCCGCCUCAUCCAUCACUGACACCCAAGUCGCAUCUAGUUUCUUUGGCAAAGUGUUUUUCACGCUGCUGCCAAAUAAAUGCGGAUUGAGCGUCAUUCCGAUUCUAGAUUUCGCGGAUCAUGUUAGCGGGAACUCAUUUUUCAUCCGCUCCAGAGUCUCUCCUAACGAGUACUGGUACUGUCCUGGAUCGUCGACAGGCAACGUCACGCCUCACUCCCAAGUUUAUGUGUCACGUACUGAGCGUACCCGCUUCCGCGUCCGUCUCAUCGAUGAGUGCAAGGACACUACAGGGACCAUCAUGAUUGGCUCUGACAAGAUUGCUAUCGCCUUAACUUGUACCAACCUAUUUAUCAGAGUCUCCCAAACCGGCUUUUUGUUCGUUUCGAAAAGCCCUGACCCAGAGUUGAAGUUCGGUGACCUUGUAAACGGGUUCGGGGUAAUAAAUCCCUUGCUGGAAAAUGAGGAUCAUUACAAGAAUGUAAAGGAACUCUUCAAGAUGGAUGAUGAGGAAGAGUGGGAACUUGCUUGAGCUAGUAUCAUUUGACUAUUGACAAAGCACUUGCAUAUGAACGCGAAGUUGGCUUUUACUUUUAUGAUGGG